UACACUUCCAAGGCCAAGAAGAAAGUCUGGUGCAAGUGCGGCGAGCCCUUCCACAUCCCCGACGCUGGUGGUAAAAGCACCCAGCCCAGUCAGGCGAACGAGAAGGGCGCGCCGCAGGACCAAGAUAUGAAGUCCAUCCUCACUGCGAUCCUGGGGGUGCUCAGUGACGCCCAGAAGCAGGAGCUCGGGCCCGCCGCCCAGUCAGCAGCGGCGCUCGUGACGGAGAAGAAGCCCGCCCCCGCCGCAGCUGCAGUGGCAGCUCUCCAGCGGGUGCGGCAGCACGAGAAGAAAGUUGCAGAACUUGAUAUCCACGUACAGGAGUUGGAGACCCAGCUCCAGGCCGCCAAGGAUGACCGCGCCAAGGUAACCAUUGAGUUGCAGGAGGCGCGCCAGCAGUUCGAGGCGGCCAGCCAGCAGGCCACCGCCCAGUGGGGCGCCGCCGCCGCGGCCGAGGACGCCAUGGAGGAGGACGAGGAGGCGGCGCCCAAGGCGGCCCCCGCGGCCGAGCAGCCCAAGGCCAGCGUCCCCGAGCUGCCACCAGGGCUGCGCGCCGCCGUCAGCGGCCUGCAGGGCGAGGACGCCGAGCAGGCCCAGGCCUUCGUGCAGCAGCUCGAGGCAGCGACCAAGGCGGGGAAGGCACCGCCGCCGAAGCGGCCGCCGCCCAAGCGCCAGGGCGCCGCUGAUGGGGCCCAGCAUAUUUUCACCAACGAUCAGCCGAUAGCAAGUUUCACCAGUCUCGUCAUCAGCCAGUCGGAUGACAUCAUUAGCCUCAGCGACAGCAGUGAGAGUGACCUUGUCAGUUUUGACCCGUCCGUCGUCAGUGUCAGUGCCGCGGGAGAUGCAGGGCACCAGGAUGACCAGGAUGGGAGGGGAGAACAAGGAGGGGAGCCACUCAUGCUGUAUCUCGCCAACAUCACUAGCUGGCACAAGAAGGCCAGGGACUACGCUCAGUCCAGCGAUUUUGCGCGGCCGCAUGUCAUUAUGUUUAGUGAAAUGCACGUUCGACGAGAUAAACUGCGUGACGUGCAUAAAUUCAUGAAGAAGCAGGGGUGCAGGUCCUACGUCUGCCCAGCUGUCAGGACUUCGGCGACGGGGUCUCAUGGAGGGGUAGGCCUCUUCGUCCUGCGCAGCCUCUGCUCCCACGCCCGCAUCAUGGGGGCGAACGGACGUGACCAGCCCCUCUACGGUGGGCAAGGGUGGACAGCUUGCCACCUCCGUCUUCGAGGGCACAGCCUGAUUUUGGUUUCCACUUAUCUGCAAAGUGAUGCAGGAUACAACGAGUACAAUACGCAAGUGACCAGCCAGAUCGCCACCUUCCUCAGAGCCCACAAGUUGCCCUUUAUCAUCGGGGGGGACUGGAACAUGACAGGGAAGGAGCUCAUGGAGGGGGGCCUCUGGGUGAAGACCAUAGGUGGGGUCCUCGUCGAGCCGAAGGUAGACUCCACCUGCAACGGGCGGGUGAUUGACUUUUACGUGGUGUCUGAGAAGCUAG